AUGCUUGAAAAUAGGAAGGUAUUCGCCAUAGUUGUGUCGCGCUUGUACAGUUCAAAGUGUUAUGAGAUACGUCACACCGGUAAUCGAACUGUGUGCGUCGGCAAACUUAUCCAGCCGAGAAUGCAACGAUCCUGUCUACCAAUUGAUAUGAAUGGCUCACAUCAUGGAAUUCUCGCUAUGUCCUUUCUGAACAAGCGAAAUGACCUACCCAAUUUGCGGAAGCUUUUGAAGUUAUCAGAUUCAUCCGAUGUUAAUAUUAUUGGUAAUGAAGAUAACAGAGCAUUUAACACUUAUUACUUUGUUCUCCAAGAAGGUUUGAUGAAACGCAUUUAUUGA